GUGUAUUUUCCACAGUACAGCUUUACCAACUUCCCUUUCUGUACCUUCUUUUUCUUCUCUUGUCUGUUGCUCGUUUCCCCUUUUUUGAGCUGAUUUCAUCUUCCUCCCCUCUUCUUCAGCUAAAGGAGAAGUAAAGUAAAGUAGGAGAUGAUAGCCAUGCCACACUCACUCGUGCUUUUAGAUAUGACUAUAAUCAGAGACCACCCUGGCAAUCAAACAACUUAUUAAUAUUUUUUUACUUUGCCAGACCUGGGACAAUGAGAGGUCCGCAGCCUGCGGGGGGAUGACAUGCAUGUGUCCAGGCUUUUAACAACGUUGAGGAUUGUAAGACUAGUUGGCUGCCGUCCGCCAAGCCAUGAUGGACAUUCUGGCCCUGUCCCAGCAGAGCGCGAGUCUCCGAUGGCACGGAGCGAGAUGUCCCCGAGCCGGGCGCAGCACUCGCCGCCCACACAGAGACCCAACGCCUGCUGCUUCUGCUGGUGCUGCUGCUGUAGCUGCUCUUGUCUCACUAUUAGGAGAGAAGAUGAGAGUCGCCGAAGAUUGAAAGCCCAGGAGACUAAGCUGGAGACCAUACCAAACUGUGAAGCUUGCACCAAACCAACGGUGGAGGAGAUUAAACAGUGGGCUCAGUCCUUCGAUAAGCUGAUGAAGAACCCGGCAGGCCGGAACGUGUUCCGCGAGUUUCUGCGCACAGAGUACAGCGAGGAGAACAUGCUCUUCUGGCUGGCUUGCGAGGAUCUGAAGAAGGAGAUCAACAAGAGCAUGAUAGAUGAGAAAGCACGCGUGAUCUACGAAGACUACAUCUCUAUACUUUCACCAAAAGAGGUGAGUUUGGACUCACGGGUGCGUGAAGUAAUCAACAGGAAGAUGCAGGAGCCAACUCCGCACACGUUUGAGGACGCACAGCUGCAGAUCUACACGCUCAUGCACAGAGACUCGUACCCACGCUUCCUCAACUCAACCAUCUAUAGAUCACUGGUGCAGGGGGGCUCACGCUCCUCCUCUGAAUCCUAGACCCACCUCUCUUUCUCUUUCUCUCUCUCUCUCUCUCUCUCUCUCUCUCUCUCUCUCUCUCUCUCUCCCCCCCCCUCUCCCCCCCCCUCUCUCUAUCCAUUCAUCCUUCCAUCACACAACCACUAAAGGAGAAAGUACAUGUUUAGCUUCUUGUCAUGGUUGGAUAAUCCUCCCCCCUGUUUCGGUUUGACUUCACCUCUCUGUCGUCUUGGAGGGGCACUCCAUCCCUCCGGAAUAUUCUGAACCCGCACAGACUGAAACUGGAAGACACAGGGUUGAAGAAGUAGUCCUAGUCAUUCCACUGCUUGUGACGAUGGAAACAACUACUGAUCCACGCGAGUCUCUUUGUCCUUUGUUCAGUUUGUUUUCCAUAGGUACGUGUACGAACACAGUUUUAGAACUCGUUUUAUCUUUUUAUCUGAUGUCAUGAGUUGACAAAAGACGAGAGAGCCUCUGCAAUAAGACACACACUGGAGUCGACUUUCUCCACUCCGCAUACGACCGGUUUGCCUAUUAUACAUAUACCUUUGACCUGUCCACUGUCUCCCUUCUCUGAGAUCAGCUCAUGGGGUUGGGUGGUGGUGGAUGGCUACGUUUGUUACCGGAGGGGCCGAAAGUUUCCCAGUUGCAAAUAAAAAAAUAAUAAUAAUUUAAAAAUAAUAAAAAAAAAUUUUUAAAAAAAAAGGAAAGAAAAGAAUAUUUAGAACGUUAACGAGUUUUAACAAAUGCUACGGGGAACAUAGAUGUAGAUACAAAGAGAAAAAAAAAAAGCGAGUGGUGAGAAAAUGCGUAAGUCUUAAUUAGACUGGUCACUCAAAAUGCAUUUUAAAUUUAGUAUUGUUCAUGUUAUUUAUUUUCUAUUUUGUCAACUUUAGUUUCUUGUAUAGUCAGUUUUUUAAAAAAAAAUCCGGUACGGAUGACGCAAACCGAGCAAGGUCACGAGUGCUUCAUAGUGCACUGUGUGUGGUGUGUGUGAGUGUGUGUUAGUGUGAGAGUGGGUGAGAGCAUGCAUGUGUCUGUAGGUAAGCAAACCUCAGCCUCUCUGGCACGUCCUUAUUUACAGGAUGAAAAGCUUGAUGGGUCACAUGACCUUUGUCCUUGGCAAAAAUUGCAGAAAAAAAGAAAAAAAAUCAGAGAUGCUGCUUUUUGGGUUUCUUUAGUACUUCUUCAGUAUUGUAAUAUUUUGGCAAAUAAACUCCUUAAUUCAGAUGAAUUUAUAAGGAUGGUUUAUAGAUGCAAAGCACCUCAAAAACCUCUCGUGCAUGUGUUAUUUUUUCACAUAUCAAGCGAAACCAGUGUUAGUGUUGCUAUUACCUUAUUACCUGAACAGCUGCACUGUGAUUGUCCUCACUGGCUGUCCUUCUCUUCACAUCCUCGUUUAUUAAUCACAAGAGGAAGCAACCUGUAAGGCUUUACUUAAUGAUGCUCACUUCAAUUAGAAUAAAAACCAGAACAACCCCUAGCAGAAAAUCCCCUUCAGUUAUAUUUGGAGCCAAAUCAGUCUGUCAGAGGUGGUGGACUCUGGCAGAACACCAAGCAUUUUAUAGCAAAAGUGGUGCUUCACAUCUAUGACAUUAUGCGUCCUCGUUGACAUUUCUACAGUUUGUGAGUAGUCACUUAUAGCAUGACGAAUGGAACUCUGCCUGAGCAUCUGGGCCUUGACUUGACUUGUGCAGGACUUGCAUUCAUUGUGCUACAGGAAUGUUUUAAAGUGCACAAACAGCUGUAUUGAAUUCAUCUGAUUUUAGGACCGCCAAAAGUCUGAAAUUAGGCUUCGGCGCACAGAGGCUUGGGAUGGGACUUCAGUGAUAUAAGAUGGUCACAGAUAUCAGCAAGCAAACACACACACUAAGGCCUUGUCCACAUGUAUAUGGAUAUUUUUGAAGACAGUAUGUUGGGGCACUGAAAAUGAAACCACCUGAAAUUUUACAUUUUAAAACUCACUGUUUUUUUGGGGGGGAAGGAAAGUGUUGCUUCCAGGAACUGUGUAGAAAUUAUUAAUAGGACCUAAGCAUUACCUUAAUCACUAGUUCCAUCUGAGUGUCAGGCUACAUUUGUGAAUUUUUCAUUUUAGAGCUUUAAUCGAGCCGCAACACUGACCAGAAGAAAACAGUAAAACAAGAUGAACGUUUUACUAAAUUACUGAAUUUACUUUUGUUGUUUCUCCAAAUAUCUCUACCACUCAGUGCACAUGCUUACAACAGUCUAUAAAAUACUACACUAUAUUGGCCAAAAGUUUUGGGACAUCUGCCUUUACAUGCACAUGAAUGUAAUAUGGAGUUGUCCCGCCCUUCGCAGCUACAACAGCUUCAACUCUUCUGGGAAGGAUUUCCACAAGGUUUAGGAGUGUGUUUAUGGAAAUUUUUUUACCAUUCCUAUAGAAGUGAAUUUGUGAGGUCUGUGUGAGGUACUGAUGUUGGACGAGAAGGCCUGGCUCACAGUCUAAUUUAUCCCAAAGGUGUUCUAUGGGGUUGACGGUCAGGACUCUGUACUGGACAGUCAAGUUCCUCCACACCAAACUCACUCAUCCAUGUCUUUAUGGACUUUGCUUUGUGCACUGGUGUGCAGUCAUGUUGGAACAGGAAGGGGUCAUCCCCAAAAGCAUGAAAUUCUCCAAAAUGUCUUGGUAUGCUGAAACAGUAAGAGUUCCUUUCACUGGAACAAAGGGGCCAAGCACAACCCCUGACUGAAUUUAAUGAUUUGGAGGGGUGUCCCAAAACGUUUGGCAGUAUAGUUUAUCUCCAUCCAGUUGAUUGGCCUGCUCAUACAAACAAUUUUGCAUUUUUUGCAUGGACAGUGAUACUAUAUGAGCACAAGUGUGUGGAGACCUGAUUAUAACAUUCCAUAUGUGGGUUUUUCUCGAAUUGUUGCCACAAAGUUUAAAGCCCAAAUUUAAAUGGGAAUAAUUUCCCAAAUUGACUAUGUAUGCUUUGGUAUUAAGAUUUCCCUUCACUGAACCUGUUCCAGCAUGACAAUGCCGCUGUGCACAAAAGUCCAUAAAGUCAUAGUAUGCUAAGUUGUGGAUGAACUCAUCCCCACUGAACACUACUGAGCUGAAUUUAUACACCAUGCCUUCUUGUCUGAGCUCACCACAGCCAAGGUCCAAAAUCCCCCCCCCCCCCCCAAAAAAUGUGCAGGCUGUUAACAGUAAAGGGAGGACCAGCCCCGUUAUAUUGGAAUGGGAUGUUCAGUAAUCAAUUGUCCACAUACUUUUGACCAUAUGGUGUAUUUUUAAACAUGCUGAUUGUGCAAAUUUGUUCUUAAAAUAAGAACCAUGUUUUCAAAAAUCACUGUAUGUUUGUGGAUGGGGCCUUAUAGACACAAACCCAGCUUUAACCCUUACUGUGCUGAUAGUGCUGGUACUGUAUGUUUAGAUGAUAAUCUUUUUUUUUCUUCUGGAAAUUACAAGCUGUAGCCUAUUCGUGUAACGCUGGGUGGAUGGGUUGAGCUGAGCUGAGGCUUAUUAUACCUUUUCCCUUCAAUAACUCCCUAGAACACUUGGUCUAUUAGUAGUACAUCAAGGCUACUGGAGUUGUGAAGACGUACUUGCUCACAGGGCAACUAUGAUAAUAAACCCUUAAUGCCAGCUGACCUAAACAUUUAUAAUAAAGCCGCUUGCAGGUUUACCUAACAUGACUGAUAUACCAGAUAUACACUGAGCUUCAUGAACAUCAUGUAUUGUGACAUUCUACUGCUUGGAAAGUGUCACAACGCAGCCUUAUGUUAUCUAAACUCUGUUACUUGACUCAGGUGUUAUGUCAACUUGACUUGAAACCAACAAAGCUGUCUUUAUGGCAUUCGAUGCCUGUCGGAAAAAAAAUCUAUCUAUAUUAAAGUAGGGGUAUAUAAAAGUUGUUAUGAAGGGCUUAUGCAGGUGGCAUGUAGCGCUAUGAAUGGCAAGUGAAAUGUUUAGGACAUAUCUACUAAAGGGGCUUCGAUUUAAAGAAAAAUCUUGUUAAAGAAUGGCUGCAAGUCUGUAAAACACUUCCAGAAGCCUUGAUAUGGUACUGCUAGAAACCUCAGUGACUAAAAACCUUCAUAUAAAGCAAAUACGUUUUCCAUAUACUACUGUAAAAGUGUAGAAAAAGUGAUCACUGUAUACUAUAUUGAUUUUUACGUUUGUCUCCUUUAAAAACCUAGGAAUUAUCCAAUCUGGCAACUCUCCAAACACUUUCAAUAAGCGCUGUCUCCUAGUCAGGGUCGAGGCGGAUCCGGAGCCUAUUCCCGGGAACACACCCAGGAUGGGAUGCCGGUCCAUCACCGUGGUACCAGUCCGCAAGCAGUACAUGUUUAUCAUUAUGUAAAUACUAGGCCUGGCAUGACAGUGCAGUUUCAUCUAAGAGCAUUAAAGUCUAUUUAGGAUUCCGUAGCUGCUCCUACACACACACACAAACGCUUUAACAUUCCCACACUAUAGCUCAAACACAACACAAAGUUCUAUGAAAUCCAUUACAUUUCUAUAUACAUCAGUUAUUUUAAUUAGCAUGAUGCCUCACCUAAAAAAAGAAAAAGAAAUGGUCACUUUAUAACCAGCUAGCUUUCUAGGAUUUCGUUUCGCUGUAGUUUCUAGCCGCCUCGCAUGCACCGCGAGUGCUACGAACUCCAUUUUGGUGUUGACCUGAAAUCGAUGCUGGUGCUACCACUGUGAGCUUGUGUACCUCCCAUGCCCUCUGCGUCUGUACAUUUCAAUAAUGUGAAUUUGAACGACAACCACUGUUCUGUGUGUGUGUGUGUGUGUGUUAGUCCUCAGUGCGAGAGGAGAAUUGGGCAGAUCCAAUAGGCAGUGUUAUGAACUCUUUCAUUACGGCACUGAUCUAAAUACUGUUUUUAUUUGUUCAUUAGCUGUAUUUGUGUAAAGCCAUUUCUACCUGACUGAGGCAUACCUUUCCCCUGAAAUCCCCAGUCUGGAGGACGUUUUGGGUCAAUAUUGUUUUGAGUAUCCUUGCUAUUUGUAAGGGCCUCUCCAGUACCUAAUUAGCUUAUUAGCUCAGGUGACUUAUUUUAUUUUAUUUUAUUUUAUUUUUUUUGGAGGGCUUGGGUAUCGACCGAGUGUGUAACAGAACAGCAAAACCUUCUAAAAGACAACCUGAGGUUAUUUUGGUUUCAGAUUCAGUGGGGCUAUUUAUAAAUGUAUAGAGGAGCAAUAAAAUAUUCAAUAAUUUAAAUUGAGGUAGUAUAUGGCCUACCAAUCAUGUAAAGUCUAAAAUAAAAAUAAAUCCUUACUCAAGUGAAAGAGCAAAAGUUAAAAUACAGCUUCUAUUUUUUUUUUUUUUUUUUUUUUGUUACUCAGGGUAAAGUACCAGAUACAAAACAACAGGUAAAUAUUUGGAGCGAUAGAUAUUAGGUCACUUUUAUUAUUAUUUUUUUUUUUAUCAUAUUAUCAGAUUUUAAUCAUAACAAGCUCAUCCUCAUUUUUCCCUCCAUUUUGGUGUAAGUCAUAGCACUAGUAUAAAUGGGUACAAAUAUGAUGCGGAAAAAUGUAGGAAUGGACAAAUAUAUAUAUAACCGCAUUAAGCGACCAUGUCACGCCCAUUAGAAUGUAGAACUUUGAUCAAUUCCUUGCACAAAAAGUUCCAAAAAAUACUGUAGAUAUUAUAGAAUUAGCCAAUUUAUUUCCGAACGUACUUGAACCUUCCACCAUUUGUGAGUACUUGUUUGGAAGCUGUUCAGAAAAAGAAUUGAACACAAUUGAUCACCACGAAGACAGAUUCAACACACUCGCUGUGUGAUGGGAUCGAUGAACCACUCUGUACAUAAUCCAGCUAGUCAAAUAUUUAAUUAUGGGCAGUUUUGCUAUCCAGCAUGUACACAUGAUCAUCCACUCUGAUAUUAUUUUAAAGGUGUACCUGUUUUGAGUUUGGAUUAAACCCACUGAAUUCAAGUGACCAGUUAAACUAAUAACAUUAAUACGAUAAUAGAUGAUGGGGGGGGGCAUAAUUGAAAACACAGUGCUGGUCUCUUUCUCCUGAAUACUUAGACUUGAAUUCCCACCAAAUUGAAAAGAUCUCUCUCUUUCUGAUUUCUUGUUAUAAUGAUGUAAAAAAAAAAAGAAGACAUUUCCAGUCCUCAUCAGUGAGAGUUUGCGUGUGGUUUAUGUCUAGAAACGAAAUCCCACGAAAGAGCUCAUUCAAGCACGGCCCUCCCACCUCCCCGUUAUCCCAUUAUAUGUCACAUCUGUAAAUAUCAAUUCGACAAAGAAUAUAUGAGAUAGAAAUAUCAAAAGAGAAUUUAACCAUAGAAUCAGACGUUCUAUUUAGAAUUAUUAGAGUUAGAUUUAUCAGCUUAUUGGCCAAACGGGAUUAAUGAUACAAUUUUUUUUUUUCUUCUUCCUCAAACAAAAUACCAGUUGUGCAUGACAAUGUACAUUUGCAUUUAUAACAUAUAUAUACAUAUAUAUAUAUAUAUAUAUAUAUAUAUAUAUAUAAUGUGUGUGUUUGUGUGUGCGCAAUUUAGUAAUUUAGUCUUGUUCAUAUUUUCCAAUAAGAUGUGACCAGUCUAAGGCGUGUACGAGGGGCGUGUACGAGGGGCGUGUACGAGGGGUGUGUACGCGCUUCUGUAAUAAGUGUGUGAGGUUCAGUGAACCUGUAUAAGACCGUUCAGUGAGGUUAAGGUGUUAGUUGGGCCUUUGGUCAAGAUUAUUUUUAUCCUAGAUUUCUACGAAAAUGUUUAAAGACAUAUCAACCCUCAACCCUCUGUAACUACUUCACACACUAGACAAAACAUCACAGCACAGGCCAAAACAGACCUUUUUUUAUUAUUAUUAUUUUUUCCACAGCUAGUGUUCGAGCUAGAGAGAAGGACUCUUGAGACGUAUGCUCGCUUAUGUUUACAUACAUUUCUCUAGGUGCCAAAUUAGCCUAGCCUUCUUACAGUCUGAGACUGAACAUGUGGGACUACAGAAGAACUGUGUGUUAUAAUGCUCUUCUAAUAAUCCUCUGCAUAAUUAAUGUAUGUCCAAGGCUCCCCCCCCCUCCUCCUCCAUGAAAAUGUGUCCCUUCUUUUUCUGUACUACUUUUGUCAUGUACGAAUGCUGUGUGUUACUUCUUCAGAGAGUUUUGAAACCUCAUGGCUCAGUCUCACACACACACACACACACACACUUACAUUCAUUUUCCUUGCUCGUAUGUUGUUUUUGCUUCGUCCUGCUAUCCAGAGCAACGUGCCACACAGCAGAGACGCACGUUCCACACUCAUGGACUUUUACGGGACAGUUAUUUAUUGACGUUAGCAUUACAUUUUAUAAAAGUAUGCGUAUGGACCAAAAAGCUUUUAUUUUGAAGAUUCUCACCAGUCAGAAAUUUUACAUCCCCACCACCACCGAGGCCAUAUCAUCCCAGUUUUGGAAGAUGACUUCAUUAAGAAAUGAUCCUCAUUCAUUCCUUGACUUUGAAAUAGGUUGCAUUUUUUUUUAACGUUUUUAUUUUCCCUCUUUUUUAAAAGAAGAUAUGAUUAUAAUGAUAAUAAAGAUGUUUGUGUUAUUAUUCAGCUGUGAUGUUUACAACAUUGUGUGGAUUUACAAUGGCAAUAAUUGUGGGGUUUUAAAUAUGUUUCAAAAUGACAUCAUAAUGUCUUGAAAUAACGGGUUAUUAAUUUGGAAUAAUGAUUCGUGUCAUGCCUGUAGAUUCUCAAUUUACAGCUCAUAAUAGUUCAUAAUAUAGUAAUAUUACACUAUAUUGCCAAAGGUUUUGGGACAUCUGCCUUUACAUGCACAUGAAUUUAAUAUGUUUCAACUCUUCUAGGAAGGUGUUCCACAAGGUUUAGGAGUGUGUUUAUGGGAAUUUUUGACCAUUCCUCUAGAAGCACAUUUGUGAGGUCAGGCACUGAUGUUGGACGAGAAGGUCUGGCUCAAAGGUGUUCUAUCAGGUUGAGGUCAGGACUCAGUCAAGUUCCUCCACACCAAAUUCGCUCAUCCAUGUCUUUAUGGACCUUGCUUUGUGCACUGGUGUGCAGUCAUGUUGGAACAGGAAGGGGUCAUCCCCAAACUGUUCCCACAAAGAGCAUGAAAUUGUCCAAAAUGUCUUGGUAUGAAGCUGAAGCAUUAAGAGUUCCUUUCACUGGAACUAAGGGGCCGAGCCCAACCCCUGAAUUCAAUGAUUUGGAGGGGUGUCCCAAAACUUUUGGCAAUAUAGUGUAUGUAUAUU